AUGACCUUCCCGCCGAGAAUGUUCGAACAAUCAAAACGUCCCCUUUUCCAAGUUGCGAGACGCAAGAAGGCAUUGUUAAGGUGCGGCGGCGGCGGCGGAGGCUCACGCGGAAAGACGCAAACAUUCGCUCUUCCGGCCGGUCUCGGCGCUCUUUUUUUUGGAUGCGAGGGUGCUUGGCUUGGCUCGGCUGUGUUGGGAGGUUAGGGCAAGACAAACGGAAGGAGGAUAAAAAAAACGGUUGGCGUGAACACGAGGAAUUUUGAUAAUUGCUUGAAAACGAUAAUGUUUUUUUUCAUAACAAAAGGAAUAAAUUGACGGAAUAAAAAGUAAGAAGGAUUUUUGAAUUUUUUUAGCCUGUUGAAAAACAAGUUCCGAACAUUUCAAUUCAAGAGAAGCUUCUGAAAAAAAUGCAAGAGUCUCCGUUUUUGAGAUUUUCGAAAAAAACAUUAUUUUGAAAUUUUGAAAUUUUUUCAAGGCUUUCAUGGGGAGAUAAUUCUGGAGACUUUGGAUUCGAAAUAUUUUUUUCUGAAAGUUAUAUAUCCGUUUCUCGCCUUCACAAAAAUAUAGAACUUCUAUCGGUUUUCGAAAAAAAUUUCAAUUUUGAUUCUCAUUUUUUUUUUGACUAAGUUUUAAGCAUUAUAAUUCGGAAGAAUUCACUGAAAAAUUCAGAAAUUUCCAUUGAAAUGAAAACCUCAUUUCCGGUUAUAUAACUUUUGAGUUUUUUUCAAAGCUCUGAGCUUUACAAAGCAUGGAAAAAUAAGGUUUUUUCAUUUUUAUUUCGGUAUUUCAGUCGGUCAACCAAAAUGAUCCCCGAGGUUUCGGAUGAAUAUUCUGGAAGUAUCAAUUUUUGUGUCAAGGUUUCGAUUUUUCAAAAAUGGUAUAAUUUUAGAGAUUUUAAUGGUUUUCUUCCACUAUCUGGAGUACUUUUUCUUGUUAAAUAUGAAGUUUUUGCAAGUUCUAGGAUUAUUUAUCUAGAAAAAUUAUGGCCAGUUUUCAGAAAGUUAUAAACAGCUGGUUUGUAUGAUUUUUUUCAAGUAUUUUUUUCUCAAAAAAAGUAUUUUUUUGCUUAAUUCACAAAAGGUUUCUGCUUAAUCUAAUCAAAAAAAUAAUAGUUUUGAAAAAAAUGGCUUUUUAUCACUACGUAAAGUUGAACAAUGUUCCUUGUAAUCUCGAAAAGUUUCAAGUCCCCUUCUCAAAAAUUCCAGUUCAAAGGAAGCGUGCUGAACACACGUGCUAAUCCUGCCAACUGAUUCACGGCUUACAGGUCGGCUUAAUAUGUUCCAAUGGGAGGGGGAGGGAGAAAGGCGGAAAAAGAGCUCGGGGCUCCGCCCACCGGGCUCGACAGUGCUCCGCUGCCUUGCCGCCAACCCCCCGUCUUUCCGCUUUUCCAUCACCACCAACAAACGUUUUAUUCAUGGCGGCCGGAUCCAACUCUCGCUGGGAGGGCCUUGGUAAUCAUUUUACUAUCGUAUUUAACAGAAAAGGGUCCAGUUUUUACUUCAAACUGUUGAUUUUAAAAAUUUCUUUCUUUUUAAUUGACUGGGAGGGCCUUGGUAAUCAUUUUACUUUAUUUGAACCUGUUGAUUUUUUAAAAAUUAUUUAUUUUCUAACUGACUCGGGGGUUCUUGGUAAUCAUUUUCGUACCAUUUUUUUAACAGAAAACCAUAAAUUUCUCAAUUUUUUUCCUCAAACUUUUUACGGACCAUUUUCUCAUUUUUUUAAUCAACAAAUUAAUUCUUGAAACUUUUUUUAUCGUUCCGAAAAAUGACGAGAAGAAGCUGAGAGACUGAUUUUUUUAAUGUAUCAUUUCAUGAUCCCAGUACUUUUCAGCAUUUUCUCUAUUACUAUUUUCAAAAUGAUCCACAUUUUUUUCCUCCCUUUUUCUGGUUCAUUCGAAAUUUUCAAACCAUAUUUCAAGAUUUCUGAAAAAAAUUGCUGAGUAAAACAAAAAAAUACCAAUUUCCAAUUUAUCUUGUUACUUUUUAUUUCUCCUCUGAAGUUUGUUCUUCAGUUUUAUUUCACUGAUUGAAAAAAACAUCCAAUAUUUACAUUCUCUCAAAGGAAUAUUAGUUUCGUUACCUCCUGGAUCAAUAGUUUCCUGAUUUUUUUUCGGAUAUACGCCCCCCUCAUAAUUUUUUUGAAUCAAACUUCUAGAUAGUUUCUUUUGACAUGAUUUUUUUAUUAGGUUGCGAUGAUUUUUUUUUUCUUGAAUUCACAACGGGAUCCAUGAAUUAUAAUUAGCGUACUCAGAAAUUCAGAGUGGUACUUAUAGGGAUUAGAGGAAACAUCAGCCCUUAUAGGGGCCGAAAAAGUGGUCUCCAUAGGGGUAAAAUCAAGUGAAAUCAUUAUUUGUUUAAUUUUUCGCAUGAAAACGCUUCUUCGCAUAGAGUAUAUAAAAAUUAUCGACUAGCAUGUCUUUUCUAGGGGCCUCUAACUAAAACCUCUAUAGGGACCAAUUUUCCAAGCUUUAGUGGCCACUACAGGAGUGGUGAUACGGUCCCUAGUGGGGGUCCUCCAAGGGUCCCUAAAAUUGCCACUUUAGGGAGCGCUCUGAAGUCCCUACGAAUUCUACCCUUUUUCAAAAGUUUUUUUCCCAAGAAUUUUCAAUUUUUUAUUUUUGUUUCUAAAAUUUUUCAAACGGUCCUCUGAAAACGGCUGUACAAAAUGAGAUGAGAAAAAGGUCACGUUAUUAUGUAUUCAGGCUGUUUGAAAUGUGAAGCACGUCAAUACUUGCAGCAGCCUCUUUUUGAAUUUAUUAUACUCACUUUUUUUCAAAGUUUGACCAUUACUCACUAAAAGUUAAUUUUCCUAAUAUCGGGAUUUAAACUUGUAUAUCAAUUUUUAUUUUUCUGUUUCUGAAAAGAUUCAAGUAGAGAAAGUUCGAUUAAUUACUGAUGUGCAGGAAUUUGAACCUCGAGAGAAAUUCAGAAAAACAGUUCUUUUUAUAACUUGAAAAGACAGUUUAUUGGGAAAAACUUUAGUGGCCAAUUAAGGGGUUCCUCGAGGACUAUUAAGUGGUCUAUGAAAUUUCGCUGACCCCUAAAGUGGCUCCUAAAAUGUUUAGUGGUCAACUAGUACCACUUAGACUUUUCAAAGGGCUGUUAAUUUUUAUUCUCUUAAGUGGCUUCUAUUUCGACUACUACAGUGGUCAUUAGGGCGUCAGAACCCUAAAGUGGCCACUAAAAUGUUCUCUAGUAUCUAAAGCUUGCCUGAAAUUUUUGGUUCAAAAUAUUCCCCUUAAAGCUUUCCUACGCCAUAUUUUUGAUUAAUUUGUGGGAGAAGGGGGGUCUAAAAACUUUGGAGGUUUUCGAAGAAGUCUCACGAGAUGAAAGGACUUGCAACUUUAGCAGAAUCUGAGUGGGCGGCUUCAAAAAUUCGAUUUUUCUCGAAAAAGAAAACGGAUUUCAGUGUCCCCCGGCAAUGCGAACAUCCAGUACGACACCUCGGGCAACCGAGUUCUUGCCCAGCAGACCACGAUUCUCAACCCGAACAGCCUGGUCCGCUCUGGCCUCAUCGGCCAGCAAGUUAACAGUUCGUUUUUUUUUUAAUCAGUGAAAAAAAAUCUUAAAAUUUUAUUCGAGCCUUAGAUAGGGUUGAUGAAUAAGGUAGCAUGUCUUAAUUAUACUUAAUUAUAGUUAAAUAUACUAUAUAAUUCAUUUUUACUUCUUUUUUUUCAUCGUUUACAUUAUACCCUAGACAUAUCAAAAACAAAAACAGCCGAUUGUCGGAUAGCUUGUCUGCACUCUCCACCUUCCAGGCGCUCUCUCUUUUUUUAAUCGUGGCAGGACCUUUUUCGGUGGCUUGAGCCCAUCAUAAGCCUGCUGAAUAACAUCUAUUGCGAGAAUUUUUUUUUUCCAAGGGAGGAGAGGCCUAGGGUACACUUAAAGGCAUAGGGGCAGUAAAAAACGGUGUUUCAGUUCAAAGCAGUACUUUGUAGAGCUUUUCAUUGCGAAUCGAACGGUGAACUUGGAAAUGUACCAAACUUCCUAGUUUUGGAGAAAAAAUGUUUCAAAGCCCGAGAGAGGAAAGUUUGAGUUCCCGCGAAAAGGGCGCUUUGCAGUAAAGUUGCUCUAUGGACAACAGGUUUCGCCAUGUUCCGGAUUUUCGCUUUUUUCUUCGUUUCUUUCAAUUUUCAAUGUUUUCUGUUGUCACCAAAGUCUUUUCGUCGCAAAAGCUUUCUAUUCAUGCAUAAUUUGCGAACUUUGAUCGCAAAAAUGCUUCUUUGGUGAAAAAUGAUGAUUUUACACAGGUUUCGAUUGGGAUAGAGAUUUUUUGUGUUUUCUUUAUUAUCGGUGUUUGUUUUCUGUUUUCUCAAUCGAUUUUUCAGAAAAGAAACCCUUAAUUUGAAGCAGAUAGCCGGUUAUUUCUCCCAAAAUGCGAGUCUAAUGAGACGUCCGCAACAUCGCGUGCACGGCUACUGUAAACAGUUGUCCGCAUGCCGAUCCAAAGCUUUUUUCAAAAUUAAAGGCGCGAAAGUAAAAUCGCGUUUUUCUUCUAAAGUUGUCACACCUGUAAUUUUUUUGAGUACACCAUUCGAUUCGCAAAGAAAAAUGUAUAAGAUACUGCUUUCACCUGAAACCCCAUUUUUACUGCCCCUAUGCCUUUAAGCAAAAUUUUUUUCAAAAAAUCGAAAAACGUGUAAACGAAUAGUAAAAGGUGAGAGUGAAAAUUCAACAAAAAAAACUUUUCCUAGGGAAGUUUUGAAAAAAAUUUUUAAGAAAAAAAGCUAUAAAUGAGUUUUUUUGUUUCUAUUUUUCCAAGGUUGAAUUUUUUUCUUAUUAAUAUCCAGCUUCAAGCCUGAAAGCCAUAUAUGGGCAAACGUUUCUCAAAGGUCAUCAUGUUUUUUUUUUGAGACUCAUCAAAUUUUUCUUUUUUUCUUUCUUGUAAGUUGUAAAUUUUGCUUUUUUUCCGAUUCUUUUUCGAGCUAUUUUAAAAUUGGCUAGGUCUUCCUUUGUUUUUUAUACGUUUUGAAAGUAGAUUUUAUUCAUUUUUAGCCAUCGAUCCUUCAUUCUAUGACUGCAUCUACAACGUCGCCAACACUGGCGGAACCGUCAUCGAACGUUGCUACAAGGACAUUGGCUGCUGCAACGACGGCUGCUGCAAGAAUGGCGAUUGGUAACUUUUUCAACCUUUUGAUAAGAAAAAAAUCAGCUGGAAAGAUUUUUUUAUCUGAAUUUUAAGAUCGAAAGUUUGAAAAAAAUCAAUUUUUUUGAUACAUUUUGAAAAGUUUUUGGUAUUAAGCCGUCAUUUGAAACUGUCUGACCUGUCUGCGCUCUCUUUUCUUUUUUUUUAUAGUCAAUUUUUUCCGAAUCGAAAGGCGAUAUAACAAACUACAUCGCGGGCGAUAUAGCCAAAGAAGUUGUUUGCUAUAUUUUUUUAAAUUUUUAUGAUGUAUGAAUGGAAUUUUAAAAAAACAAGAAAGAAAUCGCAUUAAGACGAGAGCGAUAUCGCUCGCGGCCCAGCGUUCCUACCGCUGAACUGUCUGUACUCUCUUUUCCCUCACCGGCGUGGUCGUGGAUUUGUAGAGGGAAUAGAGAGCGCAGAGAAAUCAGACUUUCAAGAAUGAACUUGGUAAUAACGUGUACUUUUUAAGUCACGUAUGGCUUUAUUAUUGAUCAGAAAAAAUCUUUUUCUUUAAUUUUUUUUUUUCGUUCACAAGAAACCUGCCAAAGACGGCAGAGAAGAGCUCUCGAGAAAGUUAAUCCAUCGAAAAGUGGGUUGACGUUCGAAAAAGAGAGGAAUUUCGAAGGAGAAGCUCAAUGCGCCUGUGCAAACAGGGCGGCGGAAACGCCCGACGGAUGAUUCAACUCGCAAAUCUUUCAAAAUCGGGCCUAUUUCAUCUGUUUUGAGGUUGAUAUUGAUAGUUUGGACCUUGGAGUUUGAAGUGAGAAAGUUGAAAACUGGAAAAAUUUUCAGUGAGGAAUUUUCUAAUUUUUCCAGUACCGAAUUAUCGAAUAAUUAAAAUCAAGUUCGGCGAAAAUUCGCUCUAUAGAACCAAAAAUCUAGUCGCGCCAAAGUUUCCAUUUUGUAAAAUAUUUUGGGUAUAAAUGCCCCUUUUUUGAGCCUAUUUGCGGUUGUUUGAAGGCUGGUGCGUAAAUUAUUACCUCUGAAAGAGAUCUAAAACUAAACAAUACAUUUCUUUGAAGAAAAUGACCACUUUUCAUUUAGAAAGGACGAAAAAUCAGCAAAAAAAUGAAGAAAAGUAAAGUGAUACUGCAUUGUGAACCACUGGAAAUGAAUGAAUAGAGAAUGCUAAUUUCUAGGCACAACAAGUACGGAUGGGCGGUGGCGUUGAUCGUGAUCUUCUGCAUCCUGGUCAUCAUCGCGUUCGUCAUUUGGCUCGUCGUCUGGCUCUUCAACAGAUCCAAGGACAAGCAGCUCAAGCGCGAGAUGUACUAUGAGGAUACUUACUCGCAGGUUUGAUACUGUCUGACCUGUCUGCGAUCUCUUUUCCCUCACCGGCUAAGUUAUAGAACCAUGGAAAUAGCACAUGGACAUGAGAGGGAAGAGGGGGGACAGAACCCUGCUAUCAUAACAGAGCUCUCGUCCGUUGAUAGAAGCUUCAAAAGGCGCUGAACCCCCUUAAGUGUUCACUUGGAGCCAAUAUUCUUUUCAACUCAAAUGCUAGAUUUACUAGGAGAAGACUAACUCGCAGGUUGGUGACAGUCUGACCUGUCUGCGCCCUCUUUUCUCUCACUUCAUCAUGAGAAUAGCGCAUUAACAUGAGGGGGAAGAGAGAAAGCUGAGAAAUUAGAAAGCUGUUAUCAUGGCCGAUUUCUGGUCUAUUGAAAAAAACCUCAAGAGGCGCUGAAACUCCUUAAGUGAUCCCUUGCCAAUAUUCUUUUCAACUCAAGUGCUGGAUUCACUACGAGAAGGCUUACUCGCAAGUUGGAGACUGCCUGACCUGUCUGCGCCUCUUUUCCCUCGCUGGAUACGUCAUAGAACUAGCAGAAUAGCACAUGAACAUUAGAGGGAAGAGGGGAGGCAGAAAAAGCAGAUACCUGUUAUCAUAACCGAUCUCUGGUCUAUUGAAAGGAGCCUCAAGGGGCGCUGAAACUCCUUAAGUGAUCACUUGAUAUUUCUUGGAGCUGAUUAUCUCGUUCGUUAGGCGCGAGAUGUACUACGAGGAGACUUACUCACAGGUUUGAGACUGUCUUACCUGUCUGUGCUCUCUUUUCCCUCACCGGCUAAGUCAUAGAACCAUGGAAAUAGCACAUGGACACGAGAGGGAAGAGUGAAAGCAGAGAAGUCAGAGUUUCGAAGUAGAUCUGUUAUCAUAACCGUUAUGUGGUCUAUCAAAAGAAACGUCUUAAGUGAUCACUUGCCUUGGAGCUAAUAAUCUCUUUAGACCUCGAUCGAGUUUUUUCCCACCAAAAUAGGACCCAAAAAACGUCAAUUUCUUUGUUGAUCUUCCCGCCGCGAGGGUUUUUUUUUUCGCUCACUUGCUCAACUUCCGUUUCCUCAUCACUUAUUUUCAAACAAACAUUGACCUCUUUUUUGGUAAAUCGUGCAACUUGAGCUUUAGGUCAUGGGAAAGAAGUUUUGAGAGUAGAGAAACUGAAAAAAAAAAGAUGGGAGUAGAUAGAGAUGAAGGAGAAGCUUAAGAUGAAGCUGAACUUUGAGGAUGAUUAUUAUGUUUUCUAUGAAGAAAUUUUCAAAAGUAAAGCUUUCCCAUUAAUUCUCUAAAAAUUAUUUAAAGGAGCAGUGUCUUUUCUUCAAAAAUGGACCCGACACGAUUAGCAAAGUAGUAAAUAUCUCGGACAUUGGUAACGCGAAACGGACGUUUCUGGAUAUUUCUAGUGACCGCUUUAGAAGCGUCAGCACUCUCAAGUGAUCCCUAGAAUCGCCCAGAAACGUCCAGAGCACGUCUGUCUCGCGUUAUCGAGGUCCGAGAUACUUACUACUUCGCUAAUCGUGUCGGGACCAUUUUUGAAAAAGAUUCACUGCUCCUUUAAAUGCUCCGUCUGUCGUUAUCGAGGCCCGAGAAUAAUGAGAGCUUUAUACAGUAAUCUGAGCAUUUUUGAAUAAAAUUUGGAUGUGAACUCUUUAUUUAUCUUGAAUAUUAUAGUAAAAAUCCGACUUUGACCCAUCGUUUGGUUUUGUUUUUUCACAAAGGCUUGAAGCUCUUUUUAAAAAUUUGUACUCAAAAUUGGGCUAAAUUGUCUUUUUUUUCAAAGAAAUAAAACGGUCUGAAGCUUGUGAUUUCAUCAUCUUAGGCUGUUCUACUUUUUCAUUUUUAUCAUGAAAAUUCGUCUCAUUUUGUCCCCGAAAAGUGAUGAAAUUUUUGUCUCGAAGGAAUGAGCCAAAUUCCUACGUGUAUGUAUGCUCAAGCGUAGAACAUGACGACAAAAAUCACUGGGAAACCGGUUGCCGGAAACCUGGGCGUAAUCAGGCAACUAACCGGGUCGCCAACCUCUCUUCCGUUGGUGUUUGCCGAACACUGGAACCAGUUGUCGCCGAGCUGAGAGUACCUUGUCAGACUGAUAAAACGUGUUAAUGAUCUUAGGUUAUCAAGGAGACAAGGGGAUGUUGUAGUUACAGGGAUUUUUUCAAUACUUAUGGAGUUUUCAACAAACAUUUCUGGAAAAAUAGCGAAUUCUCAGUUUGAUCACCAUAUUGAGCUUCCAAAACAUCAAAAACAUCAUUCUGAUAACAAUAUCAGAGUGCCAAAAACAAUACAAAAAGUUGCAAAAAAGGCAUGCCCGCAGCAGGAAUCGAACCUGCGCCUCCAAAAUCACAACGGGGCGUACUACCACUAUACCAUACGAGCCGAGAGCUCAACUCCAUCACUUUUCCUUAUCAGAUUUUAAAAUUCCACGACUCUCAAGAACUUUUCACUGGGCCGAGAUAAGACGGCACAUGAAGCCUGAUAGGCGCGGCGGCUCUCGGCCCGUAUAGUAUAGUGGUUAGUACUCCACGUUGUGGCCGUGGCGACGCAGGUUCGAUUCCUGCUGCGGGCAUUCGCUUUUUGCAAACUCUUUUUGGGUCUUGUCUCUGGAGGUAAAAAAAGAAGCAUUUCUCAGAAAAAAAAAAGUUUUUUUUCAUUUCUAUGAGCUUGGGCUUUCAGAUGCCGACGCCACAGCCAACGCCGACGCAUUAUCCUCCAGAACAGUACAGCUACGACCCGGCGCGCGAUCGUGACAACUACCGUUAUUAA